CUCUGUUCAGGCAGAUCUGUGUCACUGAGCAGAGACGAACACCAGUGAUGAGCUAAAGGCUCUGUGAUUGGAGGAGAGAGGGAAUGAACAAACUGUGAGAGAAGAACAAGGAGACAAAAGGCAGCAACGUGAAAGUUGCUGAUGAGAACCGACAGCUACAGGCCCCGUCUCAGCUAAUGAACUAGAAAUUCGUCAACAGCAUUUUGUUUGCUAAAACAGGACAUCACCUCAGUGGGAGCGGAGCUCCACUGAGAGGACGCAGAGAGCAGGGGUCAGAGUGAAGCGCUCGGUUGCUCAGGUUGGACAAGAAGCCGACGCUGACGAUGAAGCGACAGGGCCUCGGGCUGCUGAGAGCCCUCCUGGUGUUGGUGGGAGUUUCUGCGCUCUGCAGUGUUGCGUUAGGAACCCGGAAAGGAAACGCUUCCUUGGAUCAGAGGAGCCACAGACACAGAAAUCCAGGUCACUUGUCGUUGCACAGACACAGACAGCGGACGGGGAAGGAAGGGCAGGUACUCCAUCGGUCCAAAAGAGGAUGGGUCUGGAAUCAGUUCUUCGUCAUUGAGGAGUACACUGGACCUGACCCAGUUCUGGUGGGCAGGCUCCACUCAGACGUAGACUCAGGCAAUGGCAACAUCAAGUAUAUCCUCUCCGGUGAAGGUGCGGGGACGAUCUUCGUCAUUGAUGACAAGACGGGCAACAUCCAUGCCACGAAAACCCUGGACCGCGAGGAGCAGGCGCAGUACACGUUAACAGCCCAGGCCGUGGCAAGAGACACUAAUAAGCCUCUGGAGCCUCCGUCAGAGUUCAUAGUGAAAGUUCAGGACAUCAACGAUAAUCCACCAGAGUUCCUACAUGGGCCGUACUACGCCAGGGUCCCUGAGAUGUCCAACGUUGGUACCUCAGUGAUGCAGGUGACAGCUACAGAUGCCGAUGACCCCACCUACGGCAACAGCGCCCGGCUGGUGUACAGCAUCCUGCAAGGACAACCGUAUUUCUCCGUGGAGCCUCAGACAGGUAUAAUUCGUACUGCCUUGCCCAACAUGGACCGCGAGGCACGGCAGGAGUACGACGUCGUUAUCCAGGCCAAAGACAUGGGCGGUCACAUGGGCGGCCUGUCGGGGACCACCGAGGUCAAAAUCACCCUCACGGACGUUAACGACAACCCGCCGAAGUUCCCACAGAGUGUGUAUCCCAUGUCCGUGUUGGAGGACAAAGUCCCCGGAGAGGAGGUGGGUCGGAUAAAGGCGAACGACCCCGACCUCGGAGACAACGGAAUGGUGAACUACCGCUUGAUAGACGGAGAUGGAAUGAGCAUGUUCGAACUGACCACUGACUCCGAGACCAGAGAGGCUGUUAUUAAACUGAAGAAGAUGGUGGACUUUGAAACUAAAAGGUUGUACACGUUGAAGGUGGAGGGAUCCAACUCAUAUAUUGACCCUCAAUACCUCGCUUGGGGGCCUUAUAAGGAUGAAGCAACGAUAAAGAUAUCAGUGGAGGAUGCAGAUGAGCCUCCUGUGUUUGUAGCUCCCAGUUACACUUUUGAGGUGGAAGAGAAUGCGCCUGAAGGCACCGUGGUGGGGCGAGUCCACGCCAAAGAUACUGACGUUGCCAACAAUCCUGUCAGGUACAUGAUCCCUCGGUACACAGACGUUGAGCAGUUCUUCACCGUAAACACAGAAGACGGCAGGAUUACCACACAGAGACCGCUGGACAGAGAAGCACAGGCCUGGCAUAACAUAUCUGUGUCUGCAACGGAGAUAGGAGGCCACCACCAAGACACAAAAGUGCGUGUUAACAUCAAGGUGAAAGAUGUGAAUGACAACUCCCCAGAGUUUGCAACCAACAACGAAGUCCUCAUGUGUGAAACGGUCACGCUAGGGAAG